CAGAGCGCAGAGGCAAGGAGCAGGAGCGAGAGAGAGAGAGAAAGAGUGUGUGUGAGAGAGAGAGAGAGAGAGAGAGAGAGAGAGAGAGAGAGAGAGAGAGAGAGAGAGAGAGAGAGAGAGAGAGAGAGAGAGAGAGAGAGAGAGAGAGAGAGAGAGAGAGAGAGAGAGCGCGCGUUCUCUCCCGGUGCACUUGGCAGUUAGUUGCGGGCUGCUGUGCUGUUGCUGUCGUGGCGGUGUGGCUAGUCGCGGGGAACUUUAGCACACUGGAGCCCGAAGUCCCACUCUCUCACCUGCGCAGUUCGGAGCUGCCAUGGGUCUCGCGCCUGGAUUGACUAUCUUAAUCAUUCUGUCGGCCUUUCUGCACACGAGUGGCCUAUAUAUCGCCAGUAGCGUAGACUCCCUGCAGCAUGUCCUGGGGGAGUAUGGACUGGUGAGGCCCGUGAGCGUGGACGCAGACGGCCGCUUCCUGUCCCACGCCGUGUCGGCCGGCCGGCCGGGGGUGGGGGCGGGGCAGCCCCAUAGGCGCUGGAGGAGGGAGACCGGAGAAAGAGAGGAAAUGUACGAGGAGGAUGGAGGGCCCCGACACAGACAGCUUUACUACAACGUCACCGUCUUCGGCCGGGAGUUCCACCUGCGUCUGCGUCACAACACGCGACUGGUGGCCCCCGGAGCCAAGAUGGAGUGGCACGAUGAUGACGACAGCAGCGGGACAGCCACGCGCUCCGAGCCACUGCAGGGAGACUGUUUCUACGUGGGUGACGUCACGGACACGCCCGGAGCCACCGUAGCAAUCAGCAACUGCGACGGCCUGGCUGGUAUGAUCAGGACAGAAGAGGAGGAGUUCUUCAUCGAGCCAGUGGAGAGGGGGAAUGGAGUGAUGGGGGAGGAGGAGGGAGGAGGAGGGCGUCAACACAUCGUCUACCGAUCCUCCUCUGUGAAGAAAAUGCCCGUCAGCGGCCCCGCGGCAGACUACCACUCUAGAGGUGCUGAUCUGCCUAGUAUGAUGGACCUGGAGUCCCUGUAUCGUGGUGUGGAGCAGAGCAUCAACCAGACCCGAGCCCAGAGACAGAGGAGACAGAGUCCAGAGAGAGCCUACAACAUCGAGGUCCUACUGGGGGUGGACGACUCUGUGGUGCAGUUCCACGGCAAGGAAAACGUCCAGAAGUACCUGCUCACACUCAUGAACAUCGUGAACGAGAUUUACCAUGACCACUCCCUGGGAGCCAGGAUCAACGUGGUGCUAGUACGAAUCAUCAUGCUUGGCUAUGGGAAGUCUAUGAGUCUGAUAGAGUUGGGGAACCCGUCUCAGAGUCUGGAGAAUGUGUGUCGCUGGGCCUUCCUGCAGCAGAAACAGGACACAGGAGAUGCAGAGUACCAUGACCACGCUAUAUUCCUCACACGACAGGAGUUUGGGCCUACCGGCAUGCAGGGUUAUGCUCCAGUAACAGGGAUGUGUCACCCAGUAAGGAGCUGUACUCUGAACCACGAGGAUGGCUUUUCUUCUGCCUUCGUGGUAGCCCACGAGACAGGACAUGUGCUGGGUAUGGAGCACGACGGCCAGGGGAAUCGCUGUGGAGACGAGGUGCACAUGGGGAGCAUCAUGGCCCCGUUGGUUCAAGCUGCUUUCCACCGCUUCCAUUGGUCACGCUGUAGCCAGCAGGAGCUGGGACGAUACCUACAAUCCUACGAAUGUCUCCGUGAUGACCCCUACGAACAUAACUGGCCGUCCCUGCCCAGACUUCCUGGUCUGCACUACUCCAUGAACGAACAGUGUCGCUUCGACUUCGGCGUGGGCUACAUGAUGUGCACCGCGCUGCAAAAGGUGGGCCAGGCUGGAACACAGUACCGGACGUUUGACCCCUGCAAACAGCUGUGGUGCAGCCACCCUGACAACCCCUUCUUUUGCAAGACCAAGAAAGGACCACCCAUCGAUGGCACCAUGUGUGGGGAUGGGAAGCACUGCUUCAAAGGUCACUGUAUCUGGCUGACCAUUGACAUGAUAAAGCAGGAUGGUGGGUGGGACAUGUGGAGCCAGUUUGGGUCCUGUACUCGUACCUGUGGAGGAGGGGUGCAGUUUAGAACCCGUGAAUGCAACAACCCCAGGCCUGCUAAUGGAGGUCGUACCUGUCUGGGGACUAACCACCAGUUCCAGCUGUGUAACAGCCAGGAGUGUGAGGAGCUGUACAGUGACUUCAGGGAGGAGCAGUGCCGUAGCUUGGACCCUGAGUUUGAGUUCCACAACAACAAGCACCACUGGCUGCCUUAUGAACACACGGAACCUAAGCAGCGCUGCCACCUGCAUUGCCAGUCCACGGAGACCCGAGACAAGAUCAACAUGCAGAGGCUGGUCCAAGACGGCACGCGCUGCUCAUAUAAAGACCCCUACAGCGUGUGUGUGCGCGGGGACUGUGAGAAAGUAGGCUGUGACAGCGUGGUAGGGUCCUCCCAACAGGAGGAUAAAUGUGGCGUCUGUGGAGGAGACAACUCCAGCUGCAAGAUCAUCAAGGGCAACUUCACUCGCAGUGCCAAGAAACAAGGUUUCCUCAAAGUACUUGAAAUCCCUCGAGGGGCGAGACACCUACUAAUCCAAGAGAUUAAGCCAACCGCACACAUCCUAGCGGUGAAGAACCAGGCAUCAGGACAGUUCUUCCUGAAUGCAGAGGGAGACCUCCCAGAAUCCCGUGCGGUCAUAGAGAAGGGUGUGGAGUGGGAAUACAUGAAUAAUGACCAUGACAAGGAGACACUACAGACCAACGGACCACUCAGACAUGGAGUCCUCAUCAUGGUGCAGUCCCAUGGAGAUGCCAAGGUGACCCUUUCCUAUAAGUACAUCAUCCACAUGGACCUGCUGUCUGCAAUAGAGAACAACAUGCUGCUGGAUGACACCUCCUUCUACGAGUGGGCCCUGAAGAAAUGGUCCUUCUGCUCCAAGCCCUGUGGGGGAGGUAAGCAGUACACCCGGUUCGGCUGUAGAAGGAGAGCGGACAGUAAGAUGGUCCACCGACGCUACUGUGAGAACAUCAAGAAGCCUCGCGCCAUCAGCAGAGACUGCAACCAGAAGGAGUGCUCACAGCCUAUCUGGGAGGAUGGUCCGUGGGAGCCAUGCAGUAAGUCGUGCGGUAAAACAGGGUACCAGGUGAGGUCCGUCCGCUGUGUUCAGCCCUUAGACAACGGCAACAAGCGCUCCAUUCACAGCAAGUACUGCAAUGACGACCGGCCUGAGGCACGCAGGCCCUGCAACAGAGAGCUCUGCCCUGCACAGUGGAGAGUAGGGCCCUGGUCACAGUGCUCGGUGACGUGUGCCAAUGGGACACAGCAGAGGCAGGCAUUGUGUCACACGCGUGACAACACCAUCGGUCUCUGCCUGGACAGCAAGCCAGACACCAUCCGCAUCUGUCGCUUGGCGCCAUGUCCAAGAGGCUCGUCGGACCUGAAUAAGAAUGGCAACAUCCUGAUCCAGUGGCUGUCCCGCCCUGACCCAGACUUGCCCUACCAGAGGAACAGCUCACGAAAGCAGCGUUGUCAUGGAGACAGGUCAAUGAUCUGUCGCAUGGAGGUGCUGAUCCACUACUGUGCUCUACCAGGCUACAGGCGCAUGUGCUGCAAGUCCUGCAGCAACGUGACCAACAGCAGCCUGACCACCAGUCUCCCUCCCCGGGUCACAGCUUGCCCGCUGCCUCGCCCCCUACCUCGACCUCUGCCUUGGCCCAAGGAUAACAACACCCCCCUUCAGCCCACGGUUCAUCCAAGAAGUACAAUGCAUAUACCUUAUACCACGCCGCGCCCGAUGAGCACAACACACACCUAUACACCCCACCCAUACUUCACCACAUACCCCUUCCCCAUACACACGACCCCAGAGCACAGUGUGACCCCCAGAGACACAACCAGAAGUUACCCCUUCUUCACCCUCUCCACCAGCACCAGCAUAUACACUACAACUCCCAGCAGCCUGUUUACUGACUCAAACGUUAACUUCACCUUUAUCAGCAAUGACACCACAGUGACCCCCAUUCACAGCUAUGACAUAACAGGGGCAGAAACCUCAACUCCCAGCAGCCCAUACUACAUGGAUGAUGUCCUAAAGCCAACUGAAACUAACUACUUUGAGGAUGUGACAUCGCCCAGUGGAACCAUCCCAUACACUGAUGUCACAAUGUCCAGCGGUGGUGAUGUCACAAUGCCCAUUGGAACCAUGCCUUAUGAUGAUGACAUCACAGUGAUGAUUCCUACAGUCCCCAGGGAUGAUAUCAUAGAUAUGACCACCCUUGAUUGGCCGGAAAUCACGGAGUACAUAUCUGUGAGCUCCAUUGUUCCCACAACAACCACGGUAGGGCCAACAACAGAGUUAAUGACAGAGCAAAUGACAGCCAAGCCUCCCAUAACAACAACAACCAAAAAGCACAUGUGGCCGCUAAGCCACCAGGAGGAGACCAGCGAGAAUAACUCCAUUGACGUUCUCUACAACCAGAUCAUCGGAGUAGACAAUGUCAUCUCCCAAAACAACCUGAUCCUCAGACGGAGCCGGGUGUUCCUCCGGGAGAGAACACGGAACAAACGCAUCCAGGAACUCCUGGAGGAGAAGAGGAACUUUCUGUUGAGGAUGAAGCGGGCCCAGAGUGGUGCUGCUUGAUGAUGAUAGACCUUCCUUCCUCCCUAACACUCCCUUGAUUUCUCUUAUAGAGAUUUACCUACGUCUGCUAACAGACUGGAGUUAUUAUUUAACCUUUAACCUGCCUUGGUGCUCUCUAUCAGGUACUGACCCAUCACACACCCAGAGUCAUGGUACAGACAUACAGUACCAGUCAAAACUUUGGACACACCUACUCAUUCAAGGGUUUUUCUUAAUUUUUUACAUUUGUCUACAUUGUAGAACAAUAGUGAAGACAUCAAAAC